AUUUCACCAUGUGAUGAAACUUGGCUUCUUACACAGCACACAGAGCAGGACAGAAGACAAACCACAUAACAAACAAGAUAACAGAAGGGUGUAGGAAGUUAAUGAACCAAAUGCAAACAGAGUGAAUCCAGGGUGUUAGCAGAGUGUCCUUGACAUAGCUGACAACGAAGUCCCAAAUUGGAUGAUCUCUGAGGACAAGAUCACAUAAUUUAUUUUACACUGGCACAAGUAACCACAGGUAUGGAAUCUCCAGCUCUGUUCCUGCCUGCUGGAGCCUGUAACACCAGAGGAGGUGGUUCAAGAGAAGGAUCAAAGUAGGAAACAGCCAUUAGAGUAAUUUCAUGCCAAGUAAGUGGUCACUCAACUGAGCAAGGAAGUUGCUCCCUGUGCUCAUCAUGAUCUUGGCCACAGGUUUAUAGAAUAGCAACUUUACUCAAGGCUAGCUGUGACCUCAGGGUGACUAGAGCAAGCUCAUAUUCUGCAGCAACCUCAUUCAGGCCUCACCUGAGCAGGACAUUGGAUGAGAUCAAAUGGCUUCCUUUUCCUACAUGAUCAUAUUUUUCCUGGUUUCCUCCACUUUGGCACAUACUGUUUCUUCAGAAAUCUUCAAGCCACAUGCUAUAAAUAAAUGGCCUAAGCCUCCAUGUAAAAUGUACUACUCAGUGGAUCCUUCUUAUACAUCACAAUGUCCAGAUGUGAUAUCAUAUGUUUGUGCUACAAAUGGUCACACUUACCAGAAUGAGUGUUUUUUUUGUGUUGAUCAGUGGGAAUUUGGUCUUCAUAUUAAAUUUUAUAAAUAUGGAAAAUGUGGAUAAUGAGUUAACAGAGUACUACACUUGUUUAUUCAUUUUCACUACAUAAUGCUGAAAAUUAUUUCUUUGGAAUUUGAGGGCGUAUGAUAA